AUGUCUGUCGUUGAUAACAAUGAUGAUCUUUUUAAGCUUAUUGAUAAAGAAGAUUUAGAAUCCAUUAAAGAAUUAAAAGAAGUUGAAUAUUCAAUGUCAAUACCAAAUGAAAAAGGAAUUAACGCAUUUCAAUAUGCAUGUAUUAAAGGUGCAUUCAAGAUCUUUGAAUAUUUCGUAGAAGAAAAUCGAUACAUAUGCCGAUCUGUAGAUAAGUAUGGCAACAACCCUGCAAUUUUAGCAGCACUAGCAAAUUCGGAAGAUGGCAAUAGAAUUAUCGAGUAUUUAGUUCAAAACAAGAAUAUAGAUAUCACAGCAAAAAACAGCAUGAAUUUGUCAUUACUACACGUUUGCUGCAUUAAUGAUUGCAAUAAAACUUUAGAAUUUUUGCUCGCAAAAUACUCUGAAAAGCUUGAUUUUAAUGACGAUAAUAACUUACUUCGAUUCUCACCGAUUGAUUGCGCAAAGCAGAAUAAUUCAACUAAAGUUAUUCAGAUUCUUAAGGAAAAAAGAAUUAUUUCUCCAAACUAUCAGAUCGGUACUGUUGCACCUGUUCAAUCUUCUCCAAAUGAUAAUAGAUUAGAACUAUUGCAAGCAAGAAUAAAAAGAUUACAAGAAGAAAACGAGAAUCUACAAGAAGAAAACGAAAGUUUACGUAAUGAAAAGAAUAAUAUUACUAAGCAGCAUGAAGUCGAAAGAAAUAACAUCGAAAAGCAAAUUGAAGAUUUACGAAAGGAAAAUAAUCCAAAUCAAUAUAAAGAGCAAAUCACAGCUUUAACAAAUCAAAUUGCAAAUCUAGAAAUGCAAAAGAAAUUAGAACAAUCAGAAAUGACAAGCAAAUUUAAUAGUGUUCAAUCACAAAAUUCAAGCAAAAUAAUAGAACUUGAAAGUGAAAUACAAACAUUGAAAAAUAAUUUGAUCAGAAAUUCAAAUCAAAUUAAAAAUUACCAAAACUCUUUUCGUUUAUAUAAGCAACGAUCAGAGGAACAACUCAAGGUUAAAGACAAGGAAUUGGAACGAAAGGAUAAUAAAAUUAAGGAAAAAGAAACCAUAACUCAGCAAAAUAGUCAAGAUCAAUUUGAACUUUCACAAAGAAUAUCUGAUCUUCAGACUAAAAUAACAGAGAUAGAGAAGCAAAAGAAAGAUUUGGAUACAAUUUUGAAACAAGAAAAAGAAAAGUCAGAAAGACAAAAGAAUGAAUUUGAUGCCGCUAUGAAACAAGAAAAAGACAAGUUUGAAAAGCAAAUAUCCGCUCUGUUGCAAGAAUUGGAGAAACUAAAACGAAAUUCUGAAAAUAUAUCAAGCAACAACGCAGAUUUUGAGGAAAAAAUCAGGCAGUGUUCAGAAGAAAAUCAAAAAUUGAAUUUCCAAUUGAAACAAGAAAGAGAAAAUUCUAAAAAAUUACAAAACCAACUUUCAGUUUUAACAACAGAAACCGGACAAUCUAAUUUACUUCAGUCAGAAGUUAAUAAUCUAAAUAAUAAAAUUCAAGCAUUGGAAAGCGAAAAGAAAAGUUACUCCACACAAUUAGAAAGUUUAAAUGAUGUUAAUAUAUCAAUAGUGAACAAACUUUCUGAUAAAGAAAAAGAAGUUAAUGGUCUAACGGAACUUUUAGAAAGCGAAAAAAAUAAAAAUGCUGAACUGCAAAAUAAACUGGAUAAGACUGAAGAAAGACGCAAAAAAUCCUUUGCUUUAAAUAAAAGGUUUAAACAGCUAUAUCAAGAAUAUCAAUCCAAAAUUGCAUCAAUGGAAGAAAAUAUCAAAAGCUUAGAGUCUACAAUAGCAUCGCAAAAGACAGAAAUAACUAAAAUAAAUAAACAAGUUCGAAUACAAAAGAAAUAUACUGAUCCUAACAUUACAAAUGAAAUGGAAAAAAUUAAGGAAGAAAACAGAAAUUUGAUUUCUAUCAAUCGACAAUUGGUAACAGAAAAUAAACAUCUCCGUCAAAAUUUAUUGAAGGAAAAAUCGAGAGUUGAAGAUUCGCAAAUCAACACUUCAAAAACUGAACGAGAAUCACCAAGCGAUUACAAUCGAACUAAUUCAACUUAUCCGCGAAGACACAAGACGGAUGCUUCUAGUUCAUCUUCACCAUCUUCUACGCCAAGGCAAUCAUAUACUAAUUCUCGUUCUUCAUCAUCUUCUUCUACAACAAGGCGACAAUCUACUGAUUCUCAUAAUGAGCAAGCGCUUGAUGGCUUUGGUACAAUCAGAAGGCCACCAUGGCGUGGCAAUGGAAACAUUCAAUUUUCACGUGUAAUUUAUGACACAAACAGUAAUAGCGGAACUGGCGCCGUUGUCGAAUGUAAGCGAAAUCGAAAUACAAGAAAAUAA